ACGUUGGUCUUCGCUACAGGCAGCAGAUGAGUGCAGUGUAUACUGUAGAACAAGGCCAACGAGAGUAGCAGAGCCACUGCUAUGGCGGCGGCACUCCACUUCGUGCUCGUGCCGCUCCUGGCGCAGGGCCACGUGCUCCCUAUGAUGGACCUGGCGCGCCUCGUCGCCAGCCGUGGCGCGCGCGUCACCGUCGUGCUGACGCCCGUCAACGCCGCGCGCAACAGGGCCGUCCUGGAGCACGCCGCGCGGGCGGGCCUCGCCGUGGACUUCGCCGAGCUCGCGUUCCCGGGACCCGCGCUGGGCCUGCCCGAGGGCUGCGAGAGCCUCGACACGGUGACCGACCUGUCCUUGGCCAUCCCCUUCUACGACGCCUUGUGGAUGCUCGCCGCGCCGCUCGAGGCGUACCUCCGGUCGCUGCCCCGGCGCCCGGACUGCCUCGUCGCCGACUCUUGCACCCCGUGGACGGCCGACGUCGCGCGGCGGCUCGGAGUCCCGCGGCUCGUGUUCCACGGCCCGUCCGCGUUCUACCUCCUCGCCGUGCAUAACCUGGCCAAGCACGACGUGUAUGACCGCGUCGCCGGCGACUUCGAGCCGUUCGAGGUGCCGGACUUCCCGGUGCACGCGGUGGUGAACAAAGCGAUAUCUCUCGGGUUCUUUCAGUGGCCGGGGCUGGAGAAGAUGCGGCGGGACAUGCUCGACGCCGAGGCCACCGCCGACGGCCUGCUCGUCAACACGUGCGCGGCCUUGGAGGGCGCGUUCGUCGAGUGCUACGCGGCGGCGCUAGGCCGGAAGGUGUGGGGGGUCGGGCCGCUCUGCCUCCUGAACAACGACCCCAACACGAUGGCCGGGAGAGGCAACCGCGCGGCCGUCGACGCCGACUACAUCGUUUCUUGGCUCGACGCGCGGCAGCCGGCGUCCGUGCUGUACGUCAGCUUCGGCAGCAUGGCCCGCCUGUUCCCGCCGCAGGUCGCGGAGCUCGCCGCCGGCCUGGAGGCGUCGCGCCGGCCGUUCAUCUGGGCGGCCAAGGAGGCUGCCGGACUCGACGCGGAGUUCGACGCCCGCGUCAAGGACCGGGGCCUCGUCAUCCGCGGGUGGGCGCCGCAGAUGGCCAUCCUGUCGCACCCGUCCGUCGGUGGCUUCCUGACGCACUGCGGUUGGAACUCGACGCUGGAGGGCCUCUCCCACGGCGUGCCGCUUCUGACCUGGCCGCACUUCGCCGACCAGUUCCUGAACGAGGCGCUGGUCGUAGACGUCCUCGGCGUCGGCGUCCGCGCCGGCGUGAAGGUGCCGGCAACGCACGCAGCGCUCGUGAAUCCCGGGGAGGUGCUGGAGGUGCAAGUCGGGAGGGAGGACGUCGAGCGGGCGGUGGCCAAGCUGAUGGACGAGCGGCCGGCUGGCACGGCGCUGCGGGCGAGGGCAAAGGAGCUCGCCUCGAAGGUGAUGGCCGCGAUGGCCGAGGACGGGUCGUCGGACACCGACUUGAAGGAAAUGGUUCGUCACGUCGUCGAGCUCGCGCAGGAGGAGGAAGGCAUGGUUCUUGGUGCAGGGGAGCUCGUGAGCAAGAAGAUGGACAACGCCGCGGCAAGUCACUGAUGGCUGCAUCUUGAAAGUUGCAAUUACUGUAUGCCUGUAUCUUCCUUUUGCAAGUGCAACAACACUCAAACACUCCUGAUGGUUGAUGCUAUUGAAUAGAACGUAUAGUAAGCUCAAGUCCGUUAGAUGACCAUCUAAAGACUUCAACUUCUAUUGUUCAUCUUCUUUCUAUUAGGAAGCGUUACAGCCUUCCUAACACUCCUCUUAAUCAUAACUUGUUCAAGUUAA